CAUGAGAAGACAGCCAUGUGAAGGCAAAGAGAUACACAAGCAGAAGGCCACGUGAAGCUGGAGGCAGAGACUGCAGUGAUGCAUCUACAAGCCAAGGAACACCAAGCACUGCCUAUGUUCACCAGAAGCCAGGACACAGACAUGGAACAGAUUCUCCCCCAGAACCCCUGAAAGGCACCAGCCCUGCUGACAUCUUCCUUUCAGACUUCUAGCCUCCAAAACAAACAGAGUGUUCUGAACAUCAACACAAAGUGGAAGAACCUUAAGCUGAAGGUACAGUAUAUUAUUUACACUGAAGGGGCUUGUGUGUGGACAAGAAAGCGCUGACAGCUCAAAUGGAUCCCAUGGAACUGAGAAAUGUCAACAUCGAACCAGAUGAUGAGAGCAGCAGCGGAGAAAGUGUUCCAGAUAGCUACAUCGGGAUAGGAAAUUCAGAAAAGGCAGCAAUGAGCAGUCAAUUUGCUAACGAAGACGCUGAAAGUCAGAAAUUCCUGACAAAUGGAUUUUUGGGGAAAAAGAAGCUGGCAGAUUAUGGUGAUGAACAUCAUCCCGGAACCACUUCCUUUGGAAUGUCUUCAUUUAACCUGAGUAAUGCCAUCAUGGGCAGUGGGAUCCUGGGCUUGUCCUAUGCCAUGGCCAACACAGGGAUCAUACUUUUUAUAAUCAUGCUGCUUGCUGUGGCAAUAUUAUCACUGUAUUCAGUUCACCUUUUAUUAAAAACAGCCAAGGAAGGAGGGUCUUUGAUUUAUGAAAAAUUAGGAGAAAAGGCAUUUGGAUGGCCGGGAAAAAUUGGAGCUUUUGUUUCCAUUACAAUGCAGAACAUUGGAGCAAUGUCAAGCUACCUCUUUAUCAUUAAAUAUGAACUACCUGAAGUAAUCAGAGCAUUCAUGGGACUUGAAGAAAAUACUGGAGAAUGGUACCUCAAUGGCAACUACCUCAUCAUAUUUGUGUCUGUUGGAAUUAUUCUUCCACUUUCGCUCCUUAAAAAUUUAGGUUAUCUUGGCUAUACCAGUGGAUUUUCUCUUACAUGCAUGGUGUUUUUUGUUAGUGUGGUGAUUUACAAGAAAUUCCAAAUACCCUGCCCUCUACCUGUUUUGGAUCACAGUGUUGGAAAUCUGUCAUUCAACAACACACUUCCAAUGCAUGUGGUAAUGUUACCCAACAACUCUGAGAGUUCUGAUGUGAAUUUCAUGAUGGAUUACACCCACCGCAAUCCUGCAGGGCUGGAUGAGAACCAGGCCAAGGGCUCUCUUCAUGACAGUGGAGUAGAAUAUGAAGCUCAUAGUGAUGACAAGUGUCAACCCAAAUACUUUGUAUUCAACUCCCGGACGGCCUAUGCAAUUCCUAUCCUAGCAUUUGCUUUUGUAUGCCACCCUGAGGUCCUUCCCAUCUACAGUGAACUUAAAGAUCGGUCCCGGAGAAAAAUGCAAACAGUGUCAAAUAUUUCCAUCACGGGGAUGCUUGUCAUGUACCUGCUUGCUGCCCUCUUUGGUUACCUAACCUUCUAUGGAGAAGUUGAAGAUGAAUUACUUCAUGCCUACAGCAAAGUGUAUACAUUCGACAUCCCUCUUCUCAUGGUUCGCCUGGCAGUCCUUGUGGCAGUAACACUAACUGUACCCAUUGUCCUCUUCCCAAUUCGUACAUCAGUGACCACACUGUUAUUUCCCAAAAGACCCUUCAGCUGGAUACGACAUUUCCUGAUUGCAGCUGUGCUUAUUGCACUUAAUAAUGUUCUGGUCAUCCUUGUGCCAACUAUAAAAUACAUCUUCGGAUUCAUAGGGGCUUCUUCUGCCACUAUGCUGAUUUUUAUUCUUCCAGCAGUUUUUUAUCUUAAACUUGUCAAGAAAGAACCUUUCAGGUCACCCCAAAAGGUCGGGGCUUUAAUUUUCCUUGUGGUUGGAAUCAUCUUCAUGAUUGGAAGCAUGGCACUCAUUAUAAUUGACUGGAUUUAUGAUCCUCCAAAUUCCAAGCAUCACUAACACAAGGAAAAAUACUUUCUUUUUCUAUUGGAAAUGGUUGCAAGUUAUACUCCAAAAGACAUUUGAAUUAUCUUGACUGGAAUGUUAUUCAUAGGAAAUAACAGGAAGAUUCCAAAGAUGUUUACCAGUAAUAUCAC